AUGCCGCCCAUCCGGUCUCGCGGGUCUCGCAAACCCCCGCCAGCCGGAUUCGAAGACAUCGAAGACACCCUCCUCGAGUACAGCAACAAGAUGCGCGACGCGCAGAACGCAUCCCACGAAGGCAAGAAGAAGCACGAGGCUGUUUGGCCCGUCUUCCAGAUCUCCCACGCCCGCUCCCGUUACAUCUACGACCUGUACUACACGCGCGAAGCCAUCUCCAAAGAGCUGUACGACUGGCUGCUGAAGAACGGGUACGCCGACGCCAACCUGAUCGCCAAGUGGAAGAAACAAGGAUACGAGAAGCUGUGCUGUCUGCGCUGUGUGCAGACCAAGGAAACGAACUUUCAGAGUACCUGCAUCUGUCGCGUGCCCAAGGCCACUCUGAAGAGGGACGAUGGCAGUGGCGAAGGAGCCGCCGGCAUUCAAUGCGUCAAUUGUGGCUGCCGAGGGUGUGCCAGUAGUGAUUAG